GCUGUCUCCACUGCGGUAGUAGCGGGCCAAGCAGGCAAGCGAGCAGGCAAGCGGCAGAGGGCGACCCGCCAAUCUCCACUUGUGCCAGUGCGCUUCUCUCUACCCACGUCACCGUAGACGAUAAGGACUUUAUCAAACAAGGACAUAUUCCUCAGCUCCGGUGGUCUCAACGGGAGGACAACUUUUGUCUAUUGUGAUUUAUAUUAUCUUCUUUUUUUUUUGCUUCAUUUCUGAAGACGUGCUUGUUCGAGAGGAUGGUACCGCUCCUCCUCUCCAUCGCCCUGUGCGUGAGCGCUGCUGCCCCGCAGCAUGUGAAAGCAGCAGAUGGUGAGGAACCAACUUCAGCAGGGCCCUGCCACCCAAAUCCUUGCCACAACAGGGGGACAUGUGAGAUCAGUGAGACCUACAGGGGUGACACCUUCAUUGGUUAUGUCUGCAAGUGUCCUCCAGGAUUCAGUGGAGUACACUGCCAACACAAUAUAAAUGAAUGUGAAAGAGAACCAUGCAAGAACGGAGGCGUUUGCACUGAUCUGGUUGCAAACUACUCCUGUGAAUGCCCUGGGGAGUACAUGGGGAGGAACUGUCAACAUAAAUGCUCUGGACCACUGGGCAUGGAAGGCGGCAUAAUCUCCAACCAGCAGAUAACAGCCUCCUCCACCCACCGGGCUCUGUUCGGCUUGCAGAAGUGGUACCCGUACUUUGCACGCCUCAACAGGAAAGGUCUGGUCAAUGCGUGGACUGCAGCUGAAAAUGACAGAUGGCCAUGGAUUCAGAUUAACCUGCAGAGGCGAAUGAGGGUCACAGGCCUUAUUACCCAGGGUGCAAAGCGAAUCGGCAGCCCGGAGUAUGUUAAAUCAUACAAAGUGGCUUACAGUGACGAUGGAAAGACAUGGAGAACAUACAAAGUCAAGGGCAAAGAUGAGGACAUGAUUUUCAGAGGAAAUGUCGAUAACAACGCUCCGUCAGCCAACUCCUUCACCCCUCCUGUUGAAGCCCAGUAUGUGCGCAUUUAUCCCCAAGUGUGCAGAAGGCACUGCACUUUACGCAUGGAACUGCUUGGAUGUGAGCUAACGGGAUGCUCUGAACCAUUAGGGAUGAAGUCGGGCCACGUCCAGGACUACCAGGUCACAGCUUCUUCCAUCUUUAGGACACUCAACAUGGACAUGUUCACCUGGGAACCUGGAAAAGCCCGGUUGGACAAGCAGGGCAAGGUGAAUGCUUGGACAGCAGGACACAGUGACCAGUCACAAUGGCUACAGGUGGACUUGCUGGUACCUACCAAGAUCACAGGUAUAAUCACCCAGGGAGCCAAAGACUUUGGUCACGUGCAGUUUGUUGGCUCAUACAAACUGGCAUACAGUAACGAUGGAGAGCGGUGGAAAGUCUAUCAAGAUGAGAAGCAGAGAAAGGACAAGGUCUUUCAGGGCAACUUUGACAACGACACACACAGAAAGAACGUGAUAGAUCCACCCAUCUACUCUCGUCUCAUCCGGAUCCUUCCUUGGUCGUGGUACGGCAGGAUCACUCUGCGUGCAGAAAUAUUGGGCUGCACUGAGGAAGAGUGAAGUCCUUAACUCACUCCCCGCCG